AUUUUAUUCAAAAGGUAUUUUUUAUGUUUUUUAAAUUUUAUAGUUCACAAAUAUUGUCUACCUAAAUAGUAAAUAUAUUAAUAAUUUCUAUUGUAAAUUAUCACUUAUCAGAUUUGGACCUAUUUUUUUUUAGUGAUGGCGGCGGCGUUUGAAGAGAUGGGAGUUUUGCCCGAAAUAGGUAAAGCCAUUGAAGAAAUGGAUUGGCUGUUGCCUACGGACAUUCAAGCGGAAGCGAUACCUCUAAUACUUGGCGGUGGUGACGUGUUAAUAGCCGCAGAGACUGGUAGUGGUAAAACGGGAGCGUUUUGUUUGCCGGUUAUUCAAAUAGUGUGGGAAACGCUCAAACAAACCGGUAAACACCGGAAUAGUUUACCAGUCAAUGUAUCUGGUGUCACAGAUCCAUGGGCCAUGAGCGUGUGGGACCGUUCAUCUGCCAUAGCCGUGACGCCAGACGGUAAAAAAUGUCAAUCAAGAGAGCAAAAGGAUUGGCAUGGUUGUAGAGCUACCAAAGGCGUUAAAAAUUCGGGAAAAUAUUAUUUCGAAACAACUGUCACUGAUGAAGGUCUGUGUCGAGUUGGCUGGUCUACACCAGGGGCUGUGUUAGAUCUGGGUACAGAUAAAUUUGGUUUUGGUUUUGGUGGAACAGGCAAGAAGUCAAAUAACAAACAGUUUGAUUCUUAUGGAGAAAGUUUUGGUUUACACGAUACAAUUGGUUGUUGGCUAGAUCUAGACAAUUGGACUAUUGGAUUCAGUAAAAAUGGUAAAUAUCUUGGUGAUGCAUUUAAAAUACCUUCAAAUUUGAAAACAUCUGCAUUUUAUCCAGCUGUUGUGUUAAAAAAUGCUGAAAUAGCAUUUAAUUUUGGUGAAUCAUCAUUUAAAUAUGAUAUUCCUAAAGACUUCACUGCUAUAAGUAAAGCACCUAGCAAUCGUAUUGAACUCUCUCAAUGUAAUGCUCCAAAAAUAGAUUCAAAUACAAAAAAACCAAGUAAUGCACCAUAUGCAAUAAUUAUUGAACCUUCUAGAGAAUUGGCUGAACAGACUUUUAAUCAAAUAAAAAGCUUUAAAAAAUACCUUGAAGAACCGCAAGUUAAAGAUCUCUUAGUAGUAGGUGGUUUUAGCAUUAAAGACCAAAUUGCUGCAUUGUCUUCUGGUGUUGAUAUUAUUGUUGCUACCCCUGGUCGUCUGGAAGAUCUAAUAUCUGGUGGCCAUUUAUCUUUAUCUCAUUGUAGAUUUUAUAUAUUGGAUGAAGCUGAUGGAUUACUAAAACAACGUUACACAAAACUUAUAGACAAUCUACAUGAGAAGAUGCCAAAAGUUUCAUGUGAUGGUAAGAGACUUCAAAUGAUUGUUUGCUCUGCUACACUUCAUGAUUUUGAAGUAAAAAAAUUGGCGACACGUCUCAUGCACUUUCCAACGUGGGUAGAUCUUAAAGGUGAAGACGCUGUUCCUGAGACUGUACACCAUGUUGUGGUUACUGUUGAUUCCCAAAAAGAUUCAUCGUGGACUUGUUUGAAAAAUCACAUUCCAACUGAUGGUGUACAUGAUAGAGAUAAUAUAAGAGCACUGAAUACAUCUGAAGCUUUAUCUCAAGGUGUAAAGCUUUUAAAAGGCGAAUACUGUAUCAAAGCUAUUAACAAACACAAAAUGGACAAAGCUCUUAUAUUUUGCCGCACUAAACUUGACUGUGAUAAUUUAGAAAAAUACUUUAAACAACUUGGUUCUUUUUAUACUUGUUGUACUCUUCAUGGGUCGCGAAAUGUUAACGAUCGUAGAAUGAAUUUGGAAAAGUUUAAAAAUGGCGAAAUCAAGUUUUUAAUUUGUACUGAUGUAGCAGCUCGUGGCAUUGACGUUAACGGGUUACCUUUUAUGAUUAAUAUGACUUUACCCGAUGACAAGACAAAUUAUGUACAUAGAAUUGGUCGUGUGGGUAGAGCAGAACGUAUGGGUUUGGCCAUUUCAUUUGUAGCUACUACCCCAGAAAAAGUUUGGUAUCACGGUGAAUGGUGUCCAUCCAGGGGACAGAGGUGUUCAAAUACUAAUUUAACUACCAACAAAGGUUGUUGCAUAUGGUACAAUGAACCUCAAUAUUUGGCUGAAAUUGAAGAUCAUUUGAACAUAACUAUACCACAAAUUGGUUCAGAACUGGAUAUUCCUAAGAAUGAAUUUGAUGGAAAAGUUGUUUAUGGUCAAAAAAAAGCAAAGAAUGGACCCUCGUAUAAAAAUCAUUAUGACCAAUUGUUGUCUACUAUCAAUGAACUCACACAAUUAGAAACUAAGGCUCAAUAUUUGUAUUUGCACAUGCUUAAUAAUUAACUGUAACAUUUUGUACAAAGUACUUGUAUUAAAAAAAAACAUACAUUUUCAUACUGAACAUUUCAGAAUAUAAUUUCUUCUCUAAA